UUUUCCCGGGUCCGUACAAUGACGUCAUACAGUGACUUCUCCCUGAGUUGGCCACUACAUUUCCCAGGAUGCUUUGCCAACAAUGACGCCUUUAGUCGUCUCCGACGGAAGUGCGCCCGAUUGAACGGAAGUAGAAGUUCUCAGUCUUGGAAGGUGGGAGCUGGAGGAGCAGUGAGGCUAGCUUCAGCCUCACCUCCCUAAGUGAAUUCAGCAUGGCGGAGAAGUCAGAGAACUGUAAGGUUCCAGAGGAUCUGUUCAGUGGUUUGAAGGUUACAGAUCCCCAGGAAGCAGAGUGCGCCAGACCUGCAGUUCCUGAUCCCAAAGAUCAGCAUUCUCGGAGCAAGCUGCUCAAGGAUGAUGAGGAGCAGGGAGAAGAAGAAUGUUUUCAUGACUGCAGUGCCUCAUUUGAGGAGGAGCCAGGAGUGGAUAAGGUUCAGAACAAAGCUGAUGAUGAUGUGAAUUCCUCUGAACUAGAUGAAGAAUACUUAACAGAACUGGAAAAAAAUAUGCCAGAAGAAGAGAAACAGAAAAGAAGAGAAGAGAGCACUAGACUAAAGGAAGAAGGAAAUGAACAAUUUAAGAAAGGGGAUUAUGUAGAAGCUGAAAGUUCCUACAGUCGAGCCCUUCAGAUGUGCCCGUCAUGCUUCCAGAAAGAGAGAUCUGUCCUGUUUUCAAAUAGAGCUGCUGCAAGAAUGAAACAGGACAAGAAGGAGAUGGCCAUCGGUGACUGCAGCAAAGCAAUCCAGUUAAACCCCAGCUACAUCCGGGCAAUAUUGAGGAGAGCAGAGUUGUAUGAGAAAACAGACAAACUAGAUGAAGCCCUGGAAGACUAUAAAACUGUACUAGAAAAGGAUCCAUCAGUACAUCAAGCAAGAGAAGCUUGCACGCGAUUGCCUAAGCAAAUUGAAGAACGUAAUGAAAGGCUAAAAGAAGAGAUGUUAGUUCCAGAUGGAAUCAGAACUCCCAUCUGUCAUUGUCACUCCGCAUGCUCAGGAGACAAAGUUUCCUCUCUCCGUGGCUUUGGCCUCCUCCAGAGAUGCCACAGACACCGGGCAGGGCAUUGCCACAUACUCCUACCCUCCUUGCACUAGCACCUGUUGCUGCUUCCCUGCUUGAACCAGUCAGGCAUACAGGUAAACUAAAAGAUCUUGGGAACUUGGUUCUCCGACCUUUUGGGCUCUCCACAGAAAAUUUCCAGAUCAAACAAGAUUCCUCCACUGGCUCCUACUCCAUCAAUUUUGUUCAAAAUCCAAAUAAUAAUAGAUAACAAAGAUAACAAGUUUUAAAAGAAAUUGUGUACUGCUUGCUGUUCGCAAGGGGGAAGGCCCUGCCAGUGUUUAACUUUCAAAAGCAUCUUCUGUAGAGGAACGGCUGCCCCGUAGAGCCUAGUGCCGCCUCUCUGCUCCUAUUUAUAAUCUCCGUGAAGUGUGCUUCUCGUGUCGUGAGCCUCCUCUGGUUUCUACGUUCCAGCGGUGUCUGUGCAGCUCUUACCCUUAGUCCAGGAGGAAGCUCACUUUUCACGGCUGACCUCUGAGCCACACACGCUGCCCGCAGAAGCCUCUCCCUAAGGAGCGAGUUGGGUGACAGCCCCAGCAGGGUCCCCAGCACCCUCUGCCUCCCUGGUCACACCCAUGCCGAGGCUGCCGUGCAGGGUCUGUGGCCUUCCCUGCCUCCCCUUGUGUAAUAAAAGCUUCUGUGAUGGUU